AUGUCUCAAACUGAAUCUCAAGAUCGCAGCGAGCUUUACAAAUCUGCAGUAGCUUUUCUGGUCGAUACAAGCGUGUCAGAUGCGCCUUUAACAAAGAAAAUAGAGUUUCUACAAAGCAAAGGGUUAACCCAAGAUGAGAUUGAUAAAGCACUGAAAGAAGCCAAAGAAAGGCCUCGUGAGAGCUCUAGUGAGUCUCCUGGUGUGAAAGUGAAGCCUGAGGAGACUUAUGAACGUGCAAAUGAACACCACCAUCUGCAGUACGAGGCACUGCCUCCACCACUGCCGCAAAGGGACUGGAAAGACUAUUUCGUGAUGGCCACGGCCAGCGUAGGACUUUGCUACGGUGUAUAUCAGCUGGCCAAAAGGUACGUGGUCCCAAAUCUACUACCGGAGUCUCACUCAAAGCUGGAACAGGACAAAAAACAGAUUCUGGAACAAUUCGAUCGCAUGGAGCAGUUGCUCGAUACAAUCGAGACUGAGCACAAUGCGUCAGUGAAAAAAGAAAAUGACAAGUUUCAAGAGCUCGAUCAGGUAGUUGUCGAGUUGCAAACAGCAGUAGAAAGCUCGACCAGGGCACGUGACAAGCUAGAAGACGACGUCCGGAUUAUGCGACUUGAGAUCGAGGGUAUUCAGAAAAACGUCGAUACUUUUAUCACUGAGAACUCUAGUAACCCUGCUGUUCGCAAACUCAACGAAGAAAUCUUAUCGCUGAAAACGCUUCUCAAAACGAGUGAUUUUAUGAAAGUGUCUGAGACUCCUUCAGAUCACAACAAAUCGCCGCUGCCUGGUGCAGAGGUGAUUCCUUCCGCGUCUGAAAUCUUAGCCAAGAUGAAUUUGCCUAAGAGAGGCGAGGUCGCUGAUCAGCCUGCCUGGAAGAAAGCUCGCGACGCAGCAGCAAAGACAAACGACAAAAAUAUACCAGAAUGGCAAAAAACAACUGCAGAAAAUACAUCGGCACCUAUUCCCGAGUGGCAGAAAGCAAUGCUCAAUGCGGAAUCUCCGAGCCCAGAAGUCGAAUCCUGA